AUGGCCGACCCCAGCCACAUCCAGUCGGCCGCCUCCAAGAGCAUCCGUCCCUUCCGCUCCAGCGAGGAGUACCUGGAGGCCAUGAAGGAGGACCUGGCUGAGUGGUUCAACACCCUCUACGACCUGGACAUCCAGGUGGACAACUUCCUGGAGAGCCUGGAGACGGGCUGUCACCUCUGCCGACACGCCAACAACGUCAACCGCAUCGCCCUGGACUUCCAGCAGCGGCACCCUGAGGUGGGCGCCCAUAUGCGCGUCCCCCAGAACGAGGUCAUCUUCCAAGCUAAGAAUGUGGUGCCCGGUUCCUUCAUCGCCCGGGAUAACGUCUCCAACUUCAUCCAGUGGUGCCGGCAGGACCUCGGCAUCCAGGAUGUCCUCAUGUUCGAGACCAAUGACUUGGUGCUGAAGAAGAACGAGAAGAACUUUGUCCUCUGCUUGCUGGAGGUGGCCAGGAGGGGCUCCAAGUUUGGCAUGCUGGCCCCCAUGCUGAUCCAGAUGGAGGAGGAGAUCGAGGAGGAGAUGAGGGACCAAAUGGGCUACGGCGUGCUGGGUACGCGCCAGGAGAGCCGGGACACCCAGGUGGCCACCUACCCCGGCAGGGCCCGGCCCAUCUCCCUCUGCGACCUGAAGAACCUGGAUGAGCUGAUGGAGGAGGAGAUCGAGGAGGAGAUGAGGGACCAAAUGGGCUACGGCGUGCUGGGUACGCGCCAGGAGAGCCGGGACACCCAGGUGGCUGCCUACCCCGGCAGGGCCCGGCCCAUCUCCCUCUGCGACCUGAAGAACCUGGAUGAGCUG